AUGACUAGAGAUGACAAAAGUGCGGCUACGCUUGCUGCAAAGACAUUUCGAACCUUAAUGGCCCUGACAGGUGUAUACGACCUCGAAAUAAGAGAGUUUGACGCCUUAAAUGCCUUCGUGAAUUCAGAGAUAGACGAAAUCGUUUAUACCGAAUGCCCUGACGGCUUUAAAGUGCCCGAACAGGAUCCCUGCUUAUUUACUGACGGAAUUGUCAUUCUAAUCUUCUACGUUGAUGACUUUAUCGUUUUGUCAAGCGCUGCAAACAAAAGACGCGCAGAUGAAGUCAUUGAGUUUCUCUCAUCGAAAUACUUUCUACGUGAGAUAGAGAAUGCAGACACUUUUCUCGGAAUCAAAAUACGCAGAGAUAGAGGAAAACGAACGAUUCAUCUCUCGCAGUUAGUCUAUAUAGACAAGAUCACAACAAAAUUCAACCUGAAAACGUCUCAACCGCCUAAAUCGCCGCUCCCUACCGUUCCAAUGACUCUAUACAGCGGGAAGGCGUCCCCUAGGCAGAUACAGGAGUUCCAGGAGAAAGUGGGCUCAAUCCUCUGGUCAGCGGUAAUCACGAGACCGGAUAUUGCAAAAUCGGCUUCUGAAUUAUCGAGAUUUCUAGUCAAUCCUGGCCCCGAUUACCUAGCUGCAGCAAACCGCGUGAUUCAAUUCCUAUACGGAACCCGCUUCUACGGAAUCAGAUAUUCCAAAUCAGGCGAUCCAAACGCAGGAGAGGUAUUUAUUAUGGCCAGCGAUGCAGCGUUCGGAGAUCAUACAGAUAGGAAAAGCUUUGAAGGUCUCGUUUGCCUCCUCUACGGCGGUCCCGUGGAUUGGCAUACAGGCAAGCAAAAGACCGUUUCAACCUCUACUACAGAGGCGGAAUUACUCGCUAUCUCUGAGGCAGGCAAAAACGUAUUCUGGUGGAAGCGCUUAUUCAACGCCUUGCAAUUCAACCUUUAA